CAUCCUUACACGGCGAUGCCGGACACUGGUCUUAGCGAAAAGCAGUUUGAAAUUUUAAUUGGCACGCGUUCAUGCUUCCGGUGUCCUUGCAAGAUCAUGGCGAGCUUCAGGUUUAGCCAAGUGGUUCGCCAGUUUGGAACUUCAGCUGUCCAGAAUGGAAAGCUGGUGACUCCACCUAUUCAAGUUUUUGGCAUAGAAGGCCGGUAUGCCACUGCUUUAUACUCUGCAGCUUCAAAAGAAAAGAAGCUAGAUGUAGUUGAGAAAGAGUCAAAAUCCUUGCAGGAACUAUUGAGGAGUGAUAAGAAAUUUAGGGAAUUUGUUACCAAUCCAUCACUUCAGCGUGUGCAGAAGAAAGCUGUUCUUGAAACAGUGAUGAAGCCCAAGUAUUCCCCACUUAUGAUAAACCUUCUUGCUGCCAUGGCUGAUAACGGCCGAAUUGCCAAGAUUGGAGGGGUUUUGACAGCCUUUGGUCGGAUAAUGAGUGCACAUAGAGGAGAAGUUAUAUGCAAUGUCACCACAGCAAAGCCUCUUGAUACUUCUUCUCUUGGAGAGUUGAAGAAAGCCCUGCAAGGUUUUCUUAAGAAAGGCGAGACUCUUCACCUUACAAUGGAGGUUGAUCCAUCACUCAUUGGUGGCAUGCAGGUUUCCAUUGGUGACAGAUACAUAGAUAUGUCCAUGGCAAGCAAGAUCAAGAACUACACUAACCUUCUAAGCAAGCAGUAUAAAUGUGACUUCUACUUGCUUGGCACCAUUGGCUGUAGAACAUAUGUAUAAAUGUGACAGAGAAAAUAACGAAGUGAACUGAAUUACAAUUUUUGUUUACACAAACUGCAAAGUUUUUGUAUAGCAUUAAAGAGAUUAUAAAAUUGGA